CAGCUAUCGUUGCACAAGUACAUCGAGUCUAAUCGCGAAAUGGAUUUGAUGGCUCAACACAUAACAAAGAAUGAGACAGGAGUUGUGUUCCUUGGUGAUGCGGCGUUCCCAUCAGAUUCGAAAAUCGGUGUGAAAAGAACAAAACGAACACCGGAUCAGCGAAAGUUUAUAGUUAGCCUAAAAAAGGACGGCGAAACGGAUGUUGUGCUUAUACCAGAGCCGUAUACAUCACAAACCUGUGCCAAUUGCUUGCGGCGAUUUCCAAGAAGCACAAAAAGUGACCGAUUCAAAGUGUGCAAAGAUUGUCGCCCACACAAGGAUGUGAGACUCCCAUCGCUUAUCGUGACUGAUCGAAGCAGACGGCGCAAGCAACGUGAUCGAAAACAAAAUGCCAGCCAAAAGCCAACAGCAAAUUAAACUAGAGCCGAAAGACCUGGGAAGCACCGGGAAAAGCGUCGAAGUGAGCGUGAAAGCCACAAUCCAGAGCAAUUGGAUACCGAACAGGCAGUGAGACGGUACAAUCGACGCAUACGACGGCGUGAACUACGUCAACGACGUCGAGUUGCAGGCCAUCGCAGCCGUAAAGUAACCAAACAGCCGGAAGCGGAAUCCGAUUUGCCAGGUUUUGAUAAAAUUGGUGACACAAGUAUUUGCAAGAUUCGUGUCAAAAAUCGUAAGGCCAAACCACAAUCAUGGCAGCGAUUACAUUACGACGCAAAUGAUACAGGAAUUGGGUUAUUGGGGUCAAAGAAAAUAGCCUUCCAGAAAAACUGGCACUCAAGCCCAAUGAAUGAUCAAAACGCUUCUACUGUUACUUGGCAUCGUGACAUCUGUGCGGCGAAGUGCAUCUUGUACAGAGCGCUUUAUCAAUACGAAUCGAUUCAACUUUGACAAUACAGCCUUCAGUUCACGUCGGUUUUGUAUGCCACAAAUCAAGGCUAAGCCUAAUUUGGAAACACUGAAAAAAAACUACAUCUAUCAGAGUAUCAAAUAUAGUUCUGGAUUUGGUACAGAUGACACAAGCCCCGUGGCCAAGUGGUCAAUCGUUAAGAUGCUUCAAAAUAGACAGAAUGGGAUUGGCAACAAGCAAGGUUCAUUUCUGCAGCCAGAACGUUGCAAGCUUAGUAACAAUUAUUUCCCAAAUUGCAAAGAGGCGGUUAUGACGUACGAUGCCAAAGUAUUUUGUGGAACAUUCUCACGAAAUGGAAAGCAUUUUGUAACAGCAAGUCAAGAUAACAUGAUUCGUAUUCAUGAUUCAACGACAAUGCGGUACAAAUGUCAAAACGAAAUUAUUGCUAAAGAUGUCAAUUGGUGCAUAUUGGAUAUUGCAUUCAGCCCGGGUAGCGAGUAUUUUGUAUAUUCGACUUGGUCGUCAUGUCUUCACUUGAGUAGAAUCAAUGGAACGUCACAUCAGCUAAAACCUUUAUAUUUACAACCAUCAAAAUCCAGUUUUUGCGUCUUUUCACUGGCUUUCUCGAAUUGCGGUGAUCAAAUUAUCGGUGGUGGUAGUGAUGGUUGUUUAUAUAUAUAUGAUUUAUUGUUGGGUAAACGAACAUUCCGAUGUCCGGUAAGUUUUUUGUUUUCAUUUUUUCGUUCAAAUCAACAAUGUCCAUUGACGAAAGAACAGAGUGGCCCAGAUAAACUAUCGAGUUACAUUUUCCAAACAACUUAGUGGGUAUUUUGGCAUUGGUGGAUGCGUUCUAAAUAUCUAUCUUUUCCAGCUGAUUUUCAGAUUUCGUUUUUCUAUGAUUUUGGUUAAGUUAGAGCCAUAGAUGAGUCGAAAAAUGUCACUCGCGGCAUGCAAACUUCUUGAGAAAUAUUUGUCCUAAAUUUUACCAUUGACUCAUUGAACACACGAAUAUUCUAUAUUGCUAUAUCUGCCUCGACACUACGGCAUGGUACAAUAUUAUUCACGUUUUUAGUGAAUCUAAUUCUGAGAAGAGUAUAUAUAAUUCUUUAUAAGAACUGUCUGUGGAUCAUUUUCGCGGCCGAUUGCGGAUCCCUAACAAAUCAAAAUAAAACGCGAUUCUGCGACCAGUAGCGAGAAAAAAAGAGAAAAAUGUUUUUUGUCCGCUCAAUGGCUACUUGUGUCGCUUUUGCUCGCAACUUCAUUUGUUUCUUUUUUGCUCCAAGUUUUUUUUUUCGUUUCAUUUAUCGGCAAAGAGUUUAGAAGUUGUUAUUUUGUUCUUUGGCUGUCAAUUGUUUUAAUUUGUUUUUGACUAUUUGGAAACGUUUUUACAUUAAGUUUCCAUCUUUAAUACUGAUUCUAAUCCAAUUCCACGAAAAAUUCAAGAAAUUGACUCCGCUGAAUACACUCCCUUAUCUAACAGUGUUGAGAGUUAUACUGGUAUAUACAACAAAUAAUAUACCAUGUAAAUUUAUUUUACGUACUUUGCCAGUUUAAAAUCGAAAUGAUAAGUAAAAAACUUCUUUUUCUGACAUGAAAUAAUAAUUUUUA